GUUCUUCGGAAAAGAAAAGGAAAACAAAAACUACUCCCCCACUUACUUACGUGCAGUUAUCUCUUUCAAAACUGCAAAGAGAUUGAAGAAACCACCAGACGAAAAAGAAAAAAAGUAGAGCAAACCCCACAAGAUAAGAAACAAUGGGAUGUGUUUCUUCAAAACUCUUCAAGAAAGAACUCCAUCAACAAAUCAUAUUCAACAAUGGCGGCCAGUGUGUUGACCACGUGGUCUCUCUCACUUCUUCAACUUAUGGUGCUCUCAAACUUGACUGCAACAAUCAACAUCAACAACAAGAACAAAAACAAGAGCACAUCAAAGAAAUUGUGGAAGAGAGCAAGAGAUUGCAACAAAUAUCGCCAACAAAAGAAGAUCCAGAGGUUGUUAACACUUGGGAGCUAAUGGGAGAUCUUGAAGAAGGAGUACCCGUUUCUAGUCAAACCAAGAGAAGUCCAAAUUCGAGGGUUUUGCUUCGUGGGUUUGCUGAUUUGGACCUUAGGAGUCCACUCAAAUUCUUGAAUCAAAUUGGGUCUCCAAGAAAGGCGAAAACUUAUGGUGGCAAAGAAAAUAAGGUAAAGAGAUCAUCAGAUUUUAGCCCUAGACCGGUUUUAAAGGCCAACAAUUCAUCAAGGAAUUCGUGCAAGGCAGUGUUGAGAUUGAGUUAUCCAGUGAAAGCGUCUCCCUUUGGGGCUAAAACAGAGAAUGUUAGAAGUGAAUCUGGAUUCUCUCCGAGGAGGAGGAGUAGUUUUAGUCCUCUGUUCGAUCCAGAACUUGUUGCAUUAUAUGAGAAAGACUUGUCCGAAGAAGAAGAAGAAGAAGAAGAAAUCGAGAGGAUAAUUUUACCAAGUUCAAGAACCACAAAAGUAAAGAAUUUGCGAGAUUUGGAAUCUAUCCUUCAGUCUUUCGAACAAAAACGCCCGCCUGGAGGGGAAAAUAAGGUCGUGAUUUACACUACUACAUUGAGAGGAAUUAGAAAAACAUUUGAAGAUUGCAACACCGUAAGAUCAAUUAUUGAGUCACAUCAUAUUCAUGUUGUUGAAAGAGAUGUUUCCAUGGAUUCUGGCUUUAAGGAAGAGUUAAGAGGGCUAAUGGGUACGAAUGAAGUCAAAGUUCCACUUGUGUUUGUUAAAGGGAGGUUGAUUGGUGGUGCUGACCAAGUGGUAAAGUUGGAAGAGGAAGGAAAGUUGGAGAUUCUGUUUGAUGGAAUCCCGAAAGGGCUCGCUGGAAGAUGUGAAGGGUGUGCUGGGGUUAGGUUUGUGAUGUGUGUGGAGUGUAAUGGGAGCUGCAAGGUUUUGCACAAGGAGCAGAAGAAGAUGGUUAGAUGUGGUGAGUGCAAUGAGAAUGGGCUGCUGCAAUGCCCCAUCUGUUGCUGAUUGACAAUGAGUGGCUCGCCAGUGAGGUACUGAAUAUUGGUGGGUCUGGAGGCUACAAGAAAGAAAAUGGUUAUUUGGAGCUGCUCCUAGAACUCUCGUUUCUGGGAGAUUUUCUCCCGCGAUCAUCUUACAAAUUAAUCUUUUGCUUCCACUUCUUUGCUUAUUGUGAGAAAUUUUCCAACUGAAUCACUGUUAUUCACAAGAAGAUUAUUGUGCAGAUAAAAAAAUUAAUACAUUCUCUGUUCUGCAGAAAAAAAAGAAGUGUUGAAGAAUUCUGUAGCAGAAUAGAGAGAUGUAAAUAUUCUCCAUCUAUUAUGCAGAUAUAAAACUCAAGAUUAUAAAUGGGGUUCUGUUUUGGGUUUUAUGUUCCCUGUGUGCUGUUCAAUAAUCUCUC